AUGUACGACGACGCUGAGCCGGGCGUGGGACGCGUGGACCCCGUCGAGUACUUCAGCUCCCGCCGCGGCCUGCGCACUGCCGGCUAUGCGCAGCAGCAUCGCUCGCAGAUCGUGUUCGGCAACGAGGGAGCGGCCACGCAAGGAAGCAGCAGCACCAGUCGCCGUGCGCGUGGCCCGGGGAGGGACUUCGCUGAUUUCGUUGAGGCGUUUGGCUUUCCCGCGCCGCGGCCUAAACCGCAGUCGCAGAGGCGUAUCUUCGCUGCCUCCGCGCAGCCGGGCAGCAUUAACGUGCUGCAGCGGCCCGCCGAGGAGGCGGCGCUGCGGAUGCCCCUCAGCCGGGGACACUGGGGCCCGAAGUGGGAAGGGUCUUUUGAUUAUCGGCAACAACAACCUCAAGAGCAGCAGCAGCAGCGGAAAGUGGAGGGGGGCCAACAGGAGGAGUGGCAAGAUGAGAUAGCGCCUACGCGGGUGUUUCGUAACGGUGAGGAGACGCCGGUGCUGCACGACGACGAGGAAUUAAUAGCUCUGAGUGACGAGCGUAUUCAGACUCUGGAGCAAGCACUGGAACAUGAGAAGAGACGACUGCUGGCGUUGGAGAAAGGAAGGAGGUAUAGGAGGGCGCGGUCUGCUCACACUGUGUCGCCUCCUCUAGACGCGUCUAACAUCACCACAUGCCGAGGUAGAAGCGGCAGCAGCAACGGCGAAGGAAGAAGUAACAACAAUAUCAAUGACUGUGUGACCAGCAACGGCUGGAAGCAAAACACGUCCCCGCCGCCGCCGCAGCAGCAGCAGCAGAAGGGUAAUCGCCGUGCUCCUUCCUCGCAGCGCAAUGACAGCAGCUAUGACAUCACGCCAAAAAUAACCGUCAUCCCCUCACCGUUGUCGUCUCGUGGCAAUGGGACAGCGUCACAACCAGAGUGGGUGAAGGAGGCGUACGCACGCCAUGUGACGUCGGGAAGAGUGCGGGGCCGCAGCAACUGGACGUUGACGGAGCACUACGCUGGGUGGCAGUAG